AUGCGACACAGUGAAAAUCAACAUGUGAGUGAGGAUGCUAUUCGACUACGCCUUUUUCCUUUCUCUCUUCGAGAUAGAGCAAAGGAGUGGUUGAGAGAUGAAGGUGUUGGAACAUUUGAUACAUGGGGGAAACUUGCCAAAGCAUUCUUGGUGAAGUUUUUGGGGCAAGAAAAGACCGCGAAGCUGAGGAACGAGUUAGCAACCUUUGAGCAACAUGACGACGAAUCAUUGUAUGAAGCAUGGAGAAGGUUUCUACGUUUGCAACGACAAUGUCCUCAUCACGGGAUUCCUGAAUGGAUGUUGAUACAAACUUUCUACAAUGGUUUGACACAUGAGUUUCGUAUCUACAUUGAUGCUGCUUCAGGAGGUUCCCUUAUGACUAAGAACCCAACCGAAGCAAAGGAGUUGAUUGAGAAGAUGGCGGCCAAUGACAACUACCAUCCAAAUGGUCGCAAUCGUGCUAAGAAGGGAGGUAAAUAUGAUGUUGAUGCGCUAACCACUUUAACUAAUACUGUGCAGGCACUAUCUCACAAGUUUGAUCAACUCCAAGCUGGUUCAUCUAUGAUGGUCUCAUGUCAGAUGUGCGGAGUACAAGGACAUGCUGCUACAGAAUGUCAAAUCAACAAUGAUAGGAUGACAAUUGAGCAAGCCAGUGCUCUUUAUAACUUCAAUCCAAAGCAGCCAUAUGAUCCUUAUUCUAACACGUACAAUGAAGGAUGGAAGCAUAAUCCUGCAUUUUCCUAUAAGAACACUCAAGCACAACUCAAUCCACCUCCUCCACCUCGCAACAACUUUAAUGCACCACCAGGUUUUCAAGCUAGAGCACCAUUCAAUCAUCAUGUCAAUCAAAGUGUUAAUCAGCAACCUCCUCCAAUUCAACAGAAGAACAACUUGGAGAUUAUGAUGGAGAACCUUUUAGCCCAACAAACUAACUUCAUGGCUCAACAAGGUAAGCAAAAUGAGAAGACUGAUAACGCAAUUCAACAAAUUCAAGCUCAGAACAAGCUCUUGGAAAGUCAAAUAAGCCAACUUGCACAUAGAGUGGGCCAACUAUCAAAAGCUCCAGGUCAUUUUCCCGGUAAUAGUGAACAACCACCUAAGGCUCAUAUCAAUGCUGUGAUUUUGAGGAACGGAAACGAGCUACAAGAUCAUCCUUUGAAGGAGCCCUCAAAAAGAACUGUGGAAGAGACGGUUCAAACUAAGAAAGUGGUAGAGAACGAGAUUGUUGAAGAAGAGAAGAAGGAACCCACUCCUACCCCUAUUCGACCUUACACACCACCAGUUCCAUUUCCACAAAGGUUGGCCCGUGCAAAAUUAGAGAAGAAAUAUGGGAAGUUCCUUGAUAUACUAAAGAAGUUGCACAUAAACAUACCAUUCUUGGAAGCUAUCUCUGAGAUGCCCUCUUAUGCAAAAUUUCUGAAAGACAUGCUCUCAAACAAGCGGAAGAUCGAGGAAAAUGCAACUGUUUCACUUACAGCAGAAUGUAGCGCUAUUUUGCAGAAUAAGCUUCCCAAGAAGCUAGGAGAUCCGGGUAGCUACUCUAUUCCUGUGAAGCUUGGAGAUAUUGAAAUAAAAAAAGCGCUUUGUGAUCUUGGGGCAAGUGUUAGUCUAAUGCCUUUGUCAAUUUGCAAGAAGCUUCAAUUGGGUGAACCAAAACCUACACGUAUUUCCCUACAAUUAGCAGAUAGAACUGUAAAGUCUCCACUUGGUAUCCUUGAAGAUGUCCCUCUCCGUGUUGGGAAGUUUUUCAUUCCAUGUGACUUUGUAGUAAUGGAGAUGGAGGAGGAUGCGCAAGUCCCUAUCAUUCUGGGGAGACCUUUCCUGGCCACUGCUGGAGCCAUCAUUGACAUGAAAAAUGGAAAGAUUACCUUUGAAGUGGGUACUGAGAAGAUGGAGUACAAUCUCACGAACUCCAUGGAAGCUCCCUUUAUGGGAGAGACUAUCUAUAGACUGGAUGCUCUAGAUGAGACGAUAGAGGUAAAAGCUGCUAGUCUACAACUUGAUGAUUCACUGCAAACCGUCCUCAUGGGAAGUGCUGAUGCAGAGGAUUGGGAAACUAGGGAGUACAAGAGGCUCUUAGAGGAACCACAUUCAUCACCUAGUGUUGAGCUUGUCAAGGAGGUGUUGACACACGAAGAAUCUAAGGAGAGUACUAUGCUUCCUGAGGUAGAGUUACAAGCUUAUGAAAACUCAAGGUUGUACAAAGAACGAAGGAAAAGGUGGCCUGACAAGCAUAUCAUGCGGCGAGGAUUUCAUAAAGGAGAGUUAGUUUUACUAUUCAACUCUCGAUCGAAGCUAUUUCCUGGUAAGCUUCGCACAAGGAGGUCUGGUCCAUUCAAAAUCCUUAAGGUUCUUCCGUAUGGCUCGGUAGAGAUUUGGAGUGAAGCAACUGGCUCAUUCAAGAUAAAUGGACAGCGUCUUAAGCACUACCGAGAAGGUGAACCUAUUGAAGGGAAGGCGGUUUACACACUUUCCGACCCUUAUCCAGAGUGA